AUGGACUCCAACACAGCAAUUUCAGCGGAGAAAUUGCGCGCUGCGUUGUCGUAUAACCAAACGGAAGCUGCGGCGUGGGAUGUUCUUCAAGCCCUGUUCCAUUCCGAAUAUUUACUAAUCGCCGAGUACAUUGAGUGUACGCUGCCGAUGCUCUACGGAUUGUAUUUGCUAGUUCUUUCCCAACUACCUGCGGCACACUAUUAUCCUCAGACGGCAUUGCCAUUCGACAAGUUGAUCGGAUCUGUGAUCAACAUCGCCAUCUUUGCCUCGGUGGAAUUUGUUGGGUUUCUUGGUCUCCUCGCUCUUUUGCGCAAAACGCUUGGAAUUUCGCCACUGUAUCAACUUGCCUUCGUUUUGGAAACUCACGCUCAGACUGUCCAAGGGCAUCUACUGGUGUGGACCAUAUUUAUUUUACGACUACAGUUGAAGCACUACGGUAAGCGCAUCAUGUUCAUGCGAAUACCCCGCAUUCAGACCUAA